UACUGCGAGACGAGCCACCCGCGCGUCGUGCAGUGCUCGGCCCGCUAUUUGUGAGUGGAAGAUUUGACGCGGAUGCUGUGCCGUAAUGGCCGGUGACUUGUGAAACCGCGACUCGGCGAUUCCGCCGAUUUACCGAUGUGACGUAUACGUGACCCGGAAAGUAUGGUCGGGAGAGCUUGACGUGCGUCGUUUCCUUUGUUUACUCGUCCAUUCGCCCGCGUCCCCGUCUUUUCGUACCAGAGUAAUCACCGUGUGGAAAGUGUCGCUGUGCGUGUGAUUUGUUCUGUUUCGGUAGUAAUAAAAUCUCGUAAGAAACUUAACGAGACUUGGGACAGAGUUGGUUUAAAUGCUGCCGAAAAUCAUAAACCUUCUGGUGGCGCAAGAAACCAGGUGUGGAGCAUGAUGAAGCAUAGGGUGUGCUACAGAAGUGUGUGAUGACAGUGGCAGCCCUCUAGUGCACCAGGACAAGUAACUCAUUUCUGUGACUGAACUGUUGUUUCGACACUCAUGGACAAGCGCAAGAUGUUGCCGAAACGUCCUCGCAUGGAUAAUUUGCGUGGCCCGAUUGCCAAUGGCCCUAUGCAGACUCGUCCUCUCGUGGCCCUACUGGAUGGUCGUGACUGUUCAAUUGAGAUGCCGAUUCUGAAAGAUGUUGCUACUGUAGCAUUCUGUGAUGCACAGUCAACGUCAGAAAUACACGAAAAGGUCCUAAAUGAGGCAGUUGGUGCCCUAAUGUGGCACACAAUAAUAUUAACAAAAGAAGACCUGGAAAAAUUCAAAACACUACGAAUCAUUGUGCGAAUUGGAAGUGGAGUUGACAACAUUGAUGUCAAGGCGGCUGGGGAGCUAGGUAUAGCUGUGUGCAAUGUCCCGGGAUAUGGUGUAGAAGAAGUGGCAGAUACCACACUUUGCCUCAUCCUGAACCUAUAUAGACGUACGUAUUGGCUUGCCAAUAUGGUGCGUGAAGGAAAAAAAUUCACUGGUCCGGAACAAGUUAGAGAAGCAGCCCAAGGAUGUGCAAGAAUACGAGGGGACACGCUUGGCAUUGUAGGUCUCGGUAGAAUUGGUUCUGCUGUUGCUUUACGCGCAAAAGCUUUUGGCUUCAACGUGAUUUUCUAUGAUCCUUACUUGCCGGAUGGCAUCGAAAAGUCCCUUGGGCUUACUCGUGUUUAUACCCUGCAGGAUUUACUAUUCCAGUCAGACUGUGUGUCGCUGCAUUGCACUCUAAAUGAGCAUAACCAUCAUUUAAUAAAUGAGUUCACCAUCAAACAGAUGAGGCCAGGGGCUUUCCUGGUGAACACGGCACGUGGUGGCCUCGUGGAUGAUGAUGCCUUGGCUACAGCACUAAAGCAAGGUCGCAUACGUGCUGCAGCACUUGAUGUUCAUGAGAAUGAACCAUAUAAUGUAUUCCAAGGUCCACUGAAAGACGCGCCGAACUUGCUGUGUACACCUCAUGCAGCGUUCUACUCGGAUGCGUCGUGCACAGAACUGCGCGAGAUGGCAGCCAGUGAAAUAAGGCGGGCUAUUGUUGGACGUAUUCCUGACUGCCUACGCAAUUGUGUGAAUAAGGAAUACUUCCUGGGAGGGACAGCUGCCGCUGCCGCAGGUUACGCAGAUGGCAUGAAUGGUGGUUAUUACACUGGAGCUCUGCCUGUGCAGCAGGCACACUCAACGACACCACACGACCAGGUGCCACACUCAGUAGCAGCUGGUGCUGGUGGCGGUGCGGCAGGUGCAGGAGCAGGCGCUGUCCCUGGCCUUCCUCACAGUAUACCUCUGAAUACACCAGACCCAUCUAACCACCAUUCGCAGAAGCCAGAGCCGUCAGAAGUGCAUUAACAGGGUACACCCUGAAAAUGCUCCCACAGGCCCAGCAAAGGAGAAACUUAUCCUACGAGGAGGAAAAAAUUCAUGUCUUUGUUGAUUUUUGUAAUUGAAUGUUUAAGGAAAAACCAGAAGUUAACGAUUUUUCCCAUCUCCUGCACAAUAUCGCCUUCAGAAGAAUGAAGAGUUUACAGGAGCCAUAUUAACAUUCACAUCUUCAUAUCUACUGGUGAUACAGCAUGUUCUUUAUUCUGAGUGUGUGUGAGUGGAAGAAACUGGUGAACCAAAAGUGGCCAGACUUUUGAUCUGUGACUUGUAGGAAAGGGUUGAAUGUUAGACAUACAGAUGUAGCCCUGGUGUUCCUCCAUUUUCUGCUACCUGGGUGUUCCAGCACUGGAAAACUUAAAUAAGUUCGCAUUUUCUACAUAAGGAAUACAACACAGUAUUGUUUCUGCAGUUUCAGAUAUUAAAUCUGUAAAUCAUUCUAAUUGUUUGUCGUGUUUGGACAGUGCAAUUUGAUAUAUGUACAAAUUGCGAUGUCUGUGUUGGACAGUGAUAAAGAGGGAUUCUGACACAUCACUUAGUGUAAAAUUAAGAUGAGAAGUUCUCUGAGAAAUAGUAGUAAGAGUGAUAAGAUAGAAAUAAUUGAUUUUUAUUGUAAUAAUUCAGUUUUAGUUCUAAAUGAACAACAUUCAUUUUGAGGAGGCACAUUUUUAAAUGAUUUGAAGAAAUUGUUCUUGAGAUGCUUCACUUCAUCUAUUUUCUGUUAAAUAAGAAUGAAGACAUGCUUAUUCAGCAUUGCCUCCAUGAAGCAUUAUUAUCGAAGACAGAUGCAGUAGCAUGGCAAUUGGAACCAAAAGUGUAAAGAUUUUCUCAUGUAUGUAUAGUUUCUGCAUUUAUAUUUGCAAAUGUACAUUUUGUUCUUCUCACAUUUGUGUUGUCAGGUAAUAAAACGAUGCAUCUGUUUUUGAUAACUGUUCACACAUCAGGCAACACUAUACUUCUCAUGGUUUCAGUGUUCGAGUGUUUAUAAAAAAAAUAGUCUAGGUCUCUCAAUAAUGUUUGUUAAAUACUUUUGACGAAUUCUGUGGUGUAGAGAACCAAAUUUAUUACCAAAAUGCUGAAAUAAGGAUUUUAUUGCAUGUGGAAACUGUGCAAUACUGCUUUUGUUCAUUUGGAUAUUGGUAAAAAGUACAUGAAUUUUUAGAAUACAGUUUUUUUGUUUUGUUUUAAGAUAGAUCAGUUGUGAAUCAUAUUAAACCAUUUCUGAAACCCCACAUUUAAAAGUUGUGCAUGUGUAUACUGUGAAAAAUUCAAAAGUGCUGUUUAGUUCCAAUUUGUGAAAUUACCAGAUUUUGAAUAGUGCCACUUAAGUAUUGAAGAGUUGUCACUAAAUGAGAUGUCAUUUGUUUUUGUAGCCAUCAUAAAAAGUAAAUAUCAGUCGAAUGAAAUAACUCUUCAGAUAAAAUUCAUUUCGAUCUAAUUUUAGUGCCCAAGUAGUAAUAAAUAUGGGGUUUCACAACUGUAGCAAUUUUAGUGACAUUUUUGUAUCACUUAUAUGCCCAAAUAUAAUUAACUUUAUUUCUAAAUCUUAAGGUUGUUUUUUUAAUCAUUGGUCCCAAUUUUUCUUGUUGUUGUCCUGUUUACAGUGUUGCUAAUUUACAUUUGUCUGCCUGUUGAAAACAUUGUGACCUUGAGUUUUUGCAACACAAAUUGUAUGUCACUUGUUACACUGUAGGCAUACACUUAGAACUGGGGAAAGAGAACUUUUGUGAGCUAUAAGAAAUUGCUUACAAAUCGAGAGAUUCAGAAAUUAAUGACCCUUCUCCAUACUUGUUACUCAUCUUUUACCAACAGUUGUUGAUACUGUUAAAUACUAUUCUCAGUUAAAAGAUAGUCCACUCUACAAUGCCCAAAAUUUUAGCACAUUAAAAACACCUGGGCCUAAUUAUUUCAAACUGCCAUGACACAGCACUUGUUAAAUAAAAAAUUAGAACAUCAUAUUAUAUUCAUUGAGUUCACUUCAGCAAGCAACAAACCACUGUCAGCUUCAAUUAUCAUUAUUGUUUUUUUAAUGUGAUGUGUGGCACUAGUUGAUAAUGUCAGAUACUCAAGUACUGCUAUCUAGAAUCUAUUUUUUAAGUAGUGCUGUGAACAGUUGACGUCUUCCUAUUUCCGCUGCCUUUACCAGGGCACAUCUGUCAUGUAUUAACAUUCAGAAUAAAAUAUGCAAUUUGUCAGACAAUUUGGGAAGUAAUUUUGUAGAGCAGCAUUAUUUGGUUGUCAGGAGGAGGCAACGUAAAGCGUGAAAGCUGCCAGUGUAUUUCAGACUUGUUUGCAGAAUAAAUAAGUAAUUAUGAAGUGACUUGAGAAAGAUUUCAAAACUUCGUACCAUCUGUGAGCACUAUUUUCAGUGCUGUGGGUUUCUUUUACAAAAAUGAUUGUUUGGCUGGGUAAUGAAGAACUGUCUUUGAAAAGUAAGACAGAAAAUCAUUUGAACUGGUUACUUUCAACUUUGCUGAAUUCUUUGGUUCCUACUACAAACAGGCAUUGUGCUAAAAGAAGAUUCUUGCUUCCGAAUAUUCUGGCAGUGGAAAAAGUGCAUUAAAUCUGUGAGGCUAUAGGGAAUUCUAGUUACUUCUGUUCUCUAGAUAUUACUUCAAUCAAGUAAUAUUUGAGUUUUAACAAUGAAUAUUAUUAGUGCAUCGUGCAUUGUUGCUUUGCUGUAUUCCACCUGUUAUAACUUUGUUAUAUAACAUACUUUCUUAAAUUCAAGGAAUGGCUAUGUUGGUAUUUGCUCAUUACAGAGAGGUGUAACUUCAAAAAGGGAACCUCUAGUUCUGUCAUGACUCCAUGCCCAGUAUAGUUAAGUGAUAAACAAUCUGCAAAAAGGUGGUGUCUCAGUCAGUUAAGUAUCGUGUAAUUUUUAAGUUGAAAUCUGUUUUUGUGGCAUUGCUGAGAGUUCCAGCGACAAUUGAUGUUUGCUGUACUGCAUAUUGUAGUAUAGUUAUUAGUGGUGUACAGGCACUGAUGGAGCAAGUGGGAAAACUGUAACAACCUUGUCAUAAAAUGGGAGAAACAGUAAGCUGAACAUUUCAGGUGAAGCUGCUGCUGUUCCAAGAUAUUUUUUAUAAUGAUGUUUUGCUGUUCAUUUGCAUUGUUAGAAUGUUCAAAUUUUAAAUUUUUGAACUAUGAUUGUGCCAAGUUAAGAAAUAGAUGAUAAAACAUA